AUGUUUUUCUGGGGUGGUUAUAGUUUCCAGAUACCACAUCGGGCAGAAAAGGAGGGACAACCGCCCUUAAGGUUUCCCAUGUAUGUACCACCUUGCAUUUCCACUUUAAAUGAUACGUGUUCCACCACAAUGAACGGAAAUUUAGGGCCAGGUGGAGCUUCAGGUCUUCAGACAACACUGGAGCGAAUUCUUCACCAGCGUCUGCAGAUUCGUCUGGCGUCUUGCGGCGCAAAACAUGCGGUUUUGGUGCUCGCGGACAGUUCGACUUCUACGUUUUCAUCACAACCGCUGCCACAUGGUGUGGGGGAGGUGUUUGAGGCUCCUCAAACAUGCCAUGGUUUUCCCACCUAUGGAGGCGCAAUGACAUAUGGCUUGGGGAGUAAUCACAGUGGCCAGCUUGGGCAACACGUUGCGACCUAUACGACGUCGCUCACCAAUCUUCACUUGGAAGAAGUUAUGGAGGGUACGAUUGUGAGUGUGGCAUGUGGUGAGCGGCACACAUUAGUAUGCACUUCAUCUGGCUGCGUAUACGCUUCGGGGGACAACAGCUGCGGUCAGCUAGGGCUACCAACACAUAUUGGUUGCAAGAUACGAUCUGGCUUCAAUAAUGGCGCAGCUUGUGUCACUAAAUUUACUCAGAUCCCUGGUAUUGCACGCAUCAAGCAAGUUUACGCAAGUUACAACGCUUCCUUUGCCCUUAAUGCACAAGGUCAGCUCUAUUCCUGGGGGAGUGCCAUGGAAGGCCACCUUGGGCACAAUGACAACGGCGAGCGAAUUGACCCCAGUACUAUGAGGGUUGUGAUUGAAAAUACCAUUACACCGCGUCUGGUUCGCUGGUUCGAGCAGCAUCACGUAUCUUUGGUAGAGGUAGCUGUUGGACGUGCGCACAUAGUAUGUCGUAGCACCGAGGACAUAUAUACCUUCGGGGAGGGCUUUUUUGGCAAGCUGGGACACGGUGAUGUGCUGCCUAGGCUUCAGCCAACUCGCGUUAAAUUUCCGCCGCGAAAGCAACCUGAGAGUCUGAUUUCCAUUGCGGCAGGUGAUGACCAUACGCUUGUGCUGAAUGAAAAUUCAAGCAUCGGUUCAAUUGUUUACUUUUUUGGCAGACUCGGGAAUGGCGAUGGGCAACUACACCCCCUUGUCGUGCCUAUGCCGACUGCAGUUCCGCUCACACGCGUGUUUUCUAGCCGAGGCAAUCAGUGCCUUGCGUUAAGCAUGGAGGGCGUACUCUAUGUGUGGGGUAAACAUAGCUACCCCAAGGUGUAUAAUGGGACAAAUUCUUCUGCACUACGGGCAAGGCCUUCUGCUGUUGAGGUACUGCUGUCUUAUCGACUGACAGGAGUUGCAGCUGGUGGGACCUUUCUGAUCGCAUUUGCCUCUGAGAGGAAGACUAAGAAUCAGGAUAUGAGUACGUGUGUUGCAAAGGAUGAUGAAGGUGAGAUUUUCACGGGCUCUUUGGGGAAAGAAGGUCAUGAGUGGGACGUUGUAGUCCCGCAUGAUGCCCGCGUAGGGGCCAAUCAUCAAGGUGAUCCAGAGGAGGUUUACGAAGAGGGCGUUAGGCGCUUUCUACAACAGUACCUUGGGGAGGAGCUGGGGGCAGCUUAUGCUGCAGGUCUGCCUGCAGCACCUGCACGAGCGCGUAUCGUCAGGUAUCAGUUUGAAAAGAUUGGUUCUCACGGUUUAACAGUGGGACAGAAAGUGCGUCUUUGGAUGACAGACCUUUAUGCAAUUGGUACAGUUUUAAAGAUAGAGAAUUCCCAUAAGCCAAUUUUGACCCGCGAUGAAUCCACAUUUGGAUUACUGCAGUCUGAUAAUCAGAGCAAUGGGUUGAAAGCAGAGGUUAGCGAUGACGUAAAAAAUCAAAAUGAUGGUGUGUGUAAUGUUGCGUCUCACCCAGAAGCAAGACAGAAAACAAGAGGUCCGGGGUGUCGUGUACGCAUUGGAUGGCAGCGGGAUGAUUGGAAUAGCGAGGUCGUUACGCUGUAUUCUGAUGACGAAACCCUAUCUGACGAUAAUCCUAAUCGCUGGCAACCCUAUUGGUUUGAACGGAAUGACAGAAAGGAAUAUACAAUUGCAAAGAGUUAUUGA